AAAAAAAUAUGUCUGCGUUCUUUAUUUCCUUGUUGUGUUUGACGUCAUCAAAGCGCGCCACAAUUUAACGUCAAACAGACGCCAGCGAGGGACGACUCUACUACUUUUAGUCUGUGAUUGGACGAGAGAGGUCACAUGGCAGGAACUGCUGUCGCCAGCGGGCGAGACCGACCUGCAUCCAAGACCAGCUUCAUCACUGAGAUACAGGGCAUGAUGUUUACUCUGGGAGACGUUUGUCGACCCCUGCAUGAGACAGCAGCCUUGGUGGAGGACAUUGUCCACACACAGCUCAUCACCAUGCUCCAUCAGGCCAGCGAGAGGGCCACGCUACGCGGGUCAAGGGUCAUCGCAGUGGAGGACAUCUUGUUCCUGAUGAGAAGAGACAAGAAAAAGAUGUCCCGGCUGCUGAAGUAUCUUCAGUUCAAAGAUUACAAAUCCAAACUCCUCAAGACGCUGGAGGACGAGGACACACCGCAGGACUCAGGCACCUCGGGCACUGUUGCCGGGGGUAACCAGCGGAGGCAGCGCCUGGCCCAGGACUACCUGAUGUGGCUGGACCACACGGGCGAGCUUCUGUCGCUGACCGAGAGGACGGAAAUGGAUCCUGUCAAACAGGAGAGGCUGGAGCGUAUGGAGCGUCACAGUCGAACAAUGGACCAGACGCAGUACUCUGAAUUCUGUGAGAGUCGACAGCUCAGUUUUGCCAAGAAAACGCCAAAGUUUCGGGACUGGCUGGACUGCAGCAGCCUGGAGCUGAAACCAAACAGCGUUGCCAUGGAGAUCAUGUCCUACCUGGCCUACGAGACUGUCGCCCAGAUCGUGGACUUGUCUCUGCUGGUGAAGCAGGAAAUGGUGGCGAAGACCAACCCUGUCAGCCAUGUGAUCUCCGUCAGUCACAUCAACUACGACACACACUCUGAGGUCAAGAAGGAAACAGACUCCCCUGAAGCCACGCCCCCUUCCACCCCGGGUUCUUCCAAGCCCCUCCUCCAAGGAAAUGGCAGCGUGGAUGGUCGAGCACGACAGAGGAAACGCAAAAAGAGCUGCCCUGCUGCUGUAGAAGUUCCCACUGGAGCCAUCACACCCAGUCAUGUGCGAGAGGCCCUCAGGAGAUACAACUACAGACACAUGAGUGCCCACAGGAGGAGUGGGAUGGUUUUCCUGGCCUGCUGACGCUACCUUCAGACGUCUUCAGUCGUAGUGUUGCUCAAAUAAACUUUAUUGAUCACUAACACACAAACACUUUGACAUGACCUCCAUCACACGGAGGUGGGACUUGUAUGAGAAAAGGACAUGAUUGGUCACCAGCUCUAGGUGUUCCUCAGCAUUUCUGAGCACUGUUAAUCAGAGCAUCUCGCUCCAUGACUAUUUCUCCGUAUCGCUGUUGGAGUUCUCGUUCUCGUUCCAUCUGACGCUCCACAUCUUCUCGCAAACCCUUUAAAAAAAAUGGUAUAAUUGACAUGCUUUUAUUUUGAAGUAUUCCAGUUAGUGACUGACCUCAAGUCUUCUGGGAAUAGCAAGGUCUUCUUGCUUCUUCAACUGACUGAAGGUCUGCAGCUCUGUGGCUCUCUGCUCCACCUGGUGGACACAACAUGAUAUCACCCACCUCUAAUAUCAACCACACUACAAUCAUUACAUAAUUGGUCAGAUUCAGGAAAUACUUUUCUGGACACAAAAAGCUAAGUAUUUAAAAGAAGUAAAUAUAUAUUGUUUAGUUACUUUGUAUAUUGUAUAAAUGUGAUAUGUAAAAUAUAAUAACUACCUCACAUUCCCAACUAGGAGGCGCAACUUUUUAGCUAUGCUUUAAAACGGUGAAGCUAAUUUAUGGAUUUCUCUUCGCUGACGACCAUAUUGCAAACAGUUUUGAAAAAUAAGCAAAGAGACUGAAAUGGUGGUGUGCUAAGGUGUCAACUUCUGGACAAGUUGGUUCACUGCAGUGCCCUUUUUUGAGCUUUCAACUGGAAGUAGAAAUGCUGUUUCAUUUUCUAGCCAUCUCUAGUGUUGCUACUCGUAAGGAUUCUUCAUUCAAAAAACGUUUGUAAGUUUUACAAUACAACUAAAACAAUUCUUACUUACUAAACCAUCACGUGUGAUGUGUGUCUAGGAGUCUUUUCAUGCAUAUUUAGGGACGGCGUGGCGCAGGGGGAGAGUGGCCGUGCGCAACCCGAGGGUCACUGGUUCAAAUCCCACCUAGAACCAACCUCGUCACGUCCGUUGUGUCCUGAGCAAGACACUUCACCCUUGCUCCUGAUGGGUGCUGGUUGGCGCCUUGCAUGGCAGCUCCCUCCAUCAGUGUGUGAAUGGGUAAAUGUGGAAGUAGUGUCAAAGCGCUUUGAGUACCUUGAAGGUAGAAAAGCGCUAUACAAGUACAACCCAUUUAUCAUUUAUAUUUGUAUGUGCUAUUGUAUUGUAAUCAAGCUAGCGGCAUUAGCUAACAGGUUUACAAGUGUCUGUGUUAAUAUUAUCUUACGAUGGCAUCCUUUUUGUAUUGUUUCAUUAAAUCACCAAAACUUCACAGUGGA